AUGUCCUCACCGAUGGGCGACGACACCACAACUAAAUCGACGCCAAGCACGCAACGACCGCAAAUCACUACAACAACAAACACUUACCAACAACAUGCGAGCAUGAACACUUCCGCAGCCACUGUUGUUAUUGCAGCAGCCACAGCCGCCACUGCAACCACAGUAACACCAACACAACACACUAGCCACAGUCAUCAUCAUCAUCACCACCAACAACAACAACACUGCACGGCAACAGCUGUUGUUGAUGGAAAUGUGGCUGCGUAUGCAGCUGCGUCGACGGUGUCUACUGUGCAACAGCCACCACACCAACAGUCGCAACAGCCACAACAUUUGUCAUUGCUACAGCGGCCUACAGCGCAUGCUAGCAGCAGCAAUCCCUCGAGCAGCAGUCAUUAUGUUUGCUAUUUGCCCGUUUUAAAGCCCGAUGUUGUGCUCAGCGAUCGCGGCCUAUUUACUGUUUAUUGUUUUGUCAAAGAUUUUGUUAGGUAA